ACAUAUGAAUAAUGUUAAAGUUUUUUUCUCGUAUUUUCCAAAUGUUUUCAAAUUCUUUAAUUUUUUGGUAGUUUCUUCUUGAUUUCAAUUUGGCGUUUCUUCCAUUUUCCGUUCCGAGUCUGUUCUUUGAAAUUUUGAAGUCCAAAGGCCGCGAAAGAAAAGGUCCGGGCAUAACUCCACAGUUCCAUACUCGGGUCGGGAGAGAGAGAGAGACAAUGGACGAUUCAGGUGCAUUUCUCUGUGAGAUAUCUUUGCUCAAAGACAUGCUUGAUAAGGUGAACGAGGAAAUCGAGGCGAACAUCCAAAUCACCAGGGAGAUCGAAUCGGAAAUUGUCAAGUGCGACGAAUCCGAGGUCUCCCUGCUUGCUCGAGAAUCGGAGCUGAUGAAAACAGCGUAUAUGCAACAGUUCGAAAUCAACGGCUUGAAGUCUGUCACUGCUAAUUCAACAGCCUCCCAUAAGUUAUUGGAGGAAGAGUUAGAUUCUCUAAGAGGGAAGCGGGAUGAGAUACUUACUCGGAUGAACGUUCAACGAGAAGUAUUCCAGAGGUCAUGCAUGGAUUUCCAAAAGAAUAUUGGGAAGCAAGAUAACGACGAAAUUGGGGCGUUGCUCCUUGAGAAAGUGUGUCUAGAAAGCGAAGUUGGCUCCUUGAACAACAGAAAUGCUGUUUUACAAAACUCAAUGGCUGCAUUUGUUGAAGAGAUUCUUGAAGAUCUCCAGAGUUCUAUACAUGCUCUAGAAAUUGACAUAAGAAUUCGAGAUAUCGAAAGAGAGAAAUUGACGAAGGAAGUUGACGAACUCAAGAAGACAUUGCUUUCAACUAUGUCAGCACGAUAAAAUUUGAUUACAGGGCAAGAAGAGAAGGGGUAAAUGGGAAUUUCACCAGAAAAAUCAACAUCUACUUUUGUACAGAUUUAUUGAACCAAGCACAGAGCGCAUCUCUAGAGCGUAUCACUAAACUGCGUGGUCAGUUUUGGGGAGCUCAAUGAUGGGGUGCAUCUUUUUUCUUAAAGGCCUAUCUCUAGAGUAAAAAAUGAGAUACCCCUCAUUUUGGUCUUUGUAGUCAAACAUCGUAAGGCGCAACGGAAAGAUAAUUUUUGGACGGAGGGAGUAAAUUUUAUCCAACUAUAAAAAAGGCCCAUUAAUUUUUACGCAGACCUUAAGCCCGCAUAAGAAUUUACCAAAAAAGGCCGCUAAAGAAAGAAAAAAGGCUCAUAUACCUUUAUUUGAGUCUCAAUUUCUAGUCCAUAUCCCUAUAUAAGCAAAUGAGCUGCAGAAAGCCAGCAUGAAAGCAUUGACACAUACAGGAAAGUGCUAAAUACAAAAAGGUUUUGAUGUAGAGAAGUAAAACAAUACAAAUACAGCACACAAGUUAUCCAAAUCGGAGGCAGGAAUCAAACUUCUCCGGUUUAUGAUUCAAAUAAGACCCAACGGGCACAAUUGCCUGCGAAACAAAGAACAUGAAGAUUU